UUUUAAUAAAUAUAUUUGUAUUUGAAAACAUAAAUAUUAAAAAGAAAACUCUAUUUGCCAAAACAAGAUUUUGCAGGUUGUUUUUAAAGGAAAGAUUUAUUUUUGAUAUUUUUUGGCGUAAGUUUUUAAUCUGGCGUAAAUUAAUAAAUCACUUCUGGCAACCCUACAUGCAACUGACAUUUCAUUCUAUGACUAUGAUAAAUAAUUCACUUUGUCAAUUUCCGAAUGAUUUCCGAGCUCAUCUUUUCUUGUUGUACACGAAAUUUUGUAAUUUUCGCUAUAUUAAUUAGCUAUGAUGCUAUUUGGAGGAAUACAUGUACGUAGUGUUUAGUUUUGUAGCGUUGUAGCUAUUGAACUAAAGAUGUCGACCGAACCGUCCACUGAUUCGAAAGUGGAAGGUGUGGAUGGUCCUGCCAGCUCGUCUCCGGAUCAAAUGAGGCGAGAACUAGAGGAAGAAUUUAAUGUACAACGAGCGAAAAUGAAAGAGAUCUUUUUACAAAAAGAAGAAGUUAUGAGGAAGAUGCAGCAGAAGAACGAGCAGCUGGAGUCGGAGGUGCUGGGAUUACGGGCCGAGCUGCAACAGUUGCAGACCCUCAGCCAAAACCAGAAAUCAGAGCUACAGAACUUGCAGCUGCUUGUUAGUGAGACGGUGGAGGCGUCGUCGUCGGACACGGAGGAGGUGCGGCGCCUCACCACCAGGAACCUGGAGUUAGAACAACAGCUCAACAUGCUCCGGCAACAACAACAGGAGGUGUCGCUGGCGCCGGCCACGCUGGUGCGCACGCUGGCGCGCAAGCUCGGCGCCGACGAUACCGACACAGCGGUCAAGAAAAAUAUGGACGAGAACGAAUUGGUGAGGUCGUUGAUACAGCCGCUGAACGACGAGAUCACCGCGCUCAAGGUGAAGCUGCGGGACACAGACACGCAGCUGCAGGAGGCGCUGAAAUCCAAAUCUGCAAACACCGGGAGCCCAGCACAGAGUGGCUCCAGUGGUGAUAGUAAACUGGAGACUGAUGUGGGCAGCGGCCGCGUGUGUGAUAUGUGCGCCAACUACGAGAAACAGCUGGUGAGCGAGCAGGCGCGAGCAGAUCAAGCGAGGAACGCGACGCUCAAACUUGACGCGGCGCUCAAACUGGCGACGGAAGAAUUAGAAGGCGUGCGUUCCCUCCACGACGAGACCGUGCGAUGCUGGCAAAGCGAACGGGCCAGCGCCGCCACUACACUCGCGGAACUACGCGAGGCGGUCAACGAGGCCGGCGAGGCGGUGCGGGCGCGGACCGAGGCCGCGGGCGAGGCGCAGCAGUCCGCGCUGCAUCUCGUCACCACGCUCACUGUCGACCGCGAGACGCUGCAGCGACGACUGCAUACGUUAGAAAAAGACAACGCGUUCCUAGUGGGACAAUACAUCAAGAAAGCCGCCGAGAUGCAAAAUGAGAUCAUCGAUUUGCCUGACAAUGUAGAGGAGUUGCAAGAGCUAACACUACGUCUCCGCGAGCAGAUGAUCGUAGUUUCCAUAGGCAGGGAGCAGGCGGUCGCAGCUGAGGAAGACCUCCGUUCCCAGCUGCUGCAGCACACCAGGCAGCUGCACGCGCAAGAUGCAGCCCUUGGAGCUGCAUCCCAGGACCUGCAGCGGGCCAGAGAGGAGUUGGACCGGCUUCAGACGGAACGCGAGCAGAUGCAGGAGUUGGGGGAUAAGCUGCGACACUCCAACGACCUCAUCGAGCGACUGCUGGAGGACAAGAAACGGCUUCAAUCAGAGAUGGCGGAGCUCCGAGGCCGCGUGACAGCGCUGCAACAGGAACUGGACAACAGCGAGAAGGUGCAACAGGACUUCGUGAGGUUAUCACAGUCAUUGCAGGUGCAACUGCAGCGCAUACGCGAAGCAGACACGGAGGUGAGAUGGCAGCACGACGAUGACGUCAGCGAAUGCCCCUCCUGUCGACUGCAUCUACCCAACAACAAGAAGAAGGUCCAUUGUCGUCACUGCGGCCGGAUAUUCUGCUCUGGGUGCCUGUCCCACGCGGUGCCCAGUGGGCCACGCGGCCUGCCCUCCCGCGUGUGCUCCGUGUGCCGCACCCUGCUGCAGCCCCACGCCGCGCCCUACUUUAGCACGCAGCCCCCCCACGAGCCCGACUAAUGGCCCGCACUACAUUACACGCAUAUAUACCGCUCUCCCUGCCCUCUGCCUCUGGCAUUCCCUAGCCUCUCCGCCCGUCCCGCCCGCUCACCUAUAAUAAUAACAAUAAAUCAUUCAUUUUCAGACAACCCAAAUCCAUGUUCAAACAAUCUGACAUUGCGCGUAACAUGAGCCGUUUUCUUGGCGUGGUUUAUUUAGAUUUCACUAUCUAGCCAUGUAUAUAAUCAAAGCCCCCCACUAGCUAUACCACCACUCACACUGGCGUACCAUACGCAGUUUGUCCAUUAUUGAACUCUUACCAGAAACUGUACUAAACUCUUGGUGAGGAUAUCACUGACGUAUGAAAACAAGUAAACUCACAUUCACGCUCAAAAGGUUUUAGAAGCAAAAUUACGCACAUUCGUCUAUUGUGCGUAAUUAUCAAACAGACAUUUUUGAAAAUUUCCGCUAGUAUACAAUUGACAUUAACCUUACAGGCCACGAAAUAACGUUUUAAUUCGAACAAACGUAUUAAUGUUAUCUAUAUAAGUUGAUUUAGAAAGCCGCUCAAACGUUUUUUAAUGCACUUUGUUAGGCGAUUGGAAGUCUACUUGUUUAUAUACAUCAAUGAGAGGAUACGCAGAAAAUUUAAGUGUUUACCAAAACUUACCAUUUAUCCUCCUUACUUGUGCCUCAUCUCACUGUUUAACAAGGUAGAUAAGAUGAUUGUCCCCAAUCAUCAAUCUUCGGAGGUAGUCUUGUCAUGCAUAAGUUACUGAAACAACUGUUAGCUUCUAAGCUUAAACAUGA